AUGCCCAAGAGAAAGGCUGAAGGGGGUGCAGAAGGAGGGAAAGCCAAGGCCAAGGGCAAACCACAGAGAAGGUCUGCAAGGUUGUUUGCUAAACCUGCUUCUCCAAAGCCAGAGCCCAAGCUUAAAAAGGCCCCUGCAAAGGAGGGAGAGGAGCUGCCCAAAGGGAAAAAGGGAAAAGCUAACCCUGGUAAGGAGGGGAAUAACCUGCAGAAAAAUGGAGAUGCCACAACAGACCAGACACAGAAACCUGAAGGUGCUGGAGAUGCCGAAUGA